UAAGGACGAAUCAGGCGCUUUCCUCAGACAGCUAAGCGCUGGGGUCCUUCCUUCCCUCGGCCAGGGAAAGCGCACACAGUAGUCAGUCGGACUCGGGAGGAGGAGGAGAAGAUGGCGGAUGUGCUGAGCGUUCUGCGUCAGUACAACAUCCAGAAGAAGGAAAUUAACGUCAAGGGGGAUGAAGUUAUAUUUGGGGAGUUCUCCUGGCCAAAGAAUGUCAAGACCAAUUAUGUUAUCUGGGGAACUGGAAAGGAGGGACAGCCAAGAGAAUACUAUACGCUUGACUCAAUCUUGUUUUUGCUUAACAAUGUGCAUCUUUCUCAUCCUGUGUAUGUCAGACGUGCUGCGACUGAAAAUAUUCCUGUCGUCAGAAGACCUGACAGAAAAGAUCUUCUUGCCUACUUAAAUGGGGAAACCUCAACUUCUGCCAGUAUAGACAGAAGUGCACCAUUAGAAAUUGGCCUUCAACGAUCCACACAGGUGAAAAGAGCUGCAGAUGAAAUAUUAGCAGAGGCAAAGAAACCAAGAGUAGAGGAUGAAGAACGCGUUCGUCUCGACAAGGAGAGAUUGGCUGCUCGAUUGGAAGGCCAUAAAGAGGGCAUUGUGCAGACAGAGCAAAUUAGAUCUCUCUCAGAAGCUAUGUCCGUUGAAAAAAUUGCUGCCAUCAAAGCCAAAAUUAUGGCAAAAAGAAAAACUACAAUCAAAACAGAUUUGGAUGAUGAUAUAACAGCCUUAAAGCAAAGAAGUUUUGUGGAUGCAGAAGUGGAUGUUACCAGAGAUAUUGUCAGCAGAGAACGAGUAUGGAGGACGAGAACGACUAUCCUACAAAGCACAGGAAAAAACUUUGCCAAAAAUAUAUUUGCAAUUCUUCAGAAUGUGAAAGCAAGAGAAGAAGGCCGAGCUCCGGAGCAAAGGCCAGUUCAGACUACAGCACCAACAGACCCAACAUUAAGAAACAAACAGCCAGCCCCACAAAUCUACAAUAGGUACGAUCAGGAAAGGUUCAAAGGCAAAGAAGAAACGGAAGGUUUCAAAAUUGACACUAUGGGAACAUACCAUGGAAUGACACUGAAAUCUGUGACGGAAGGUGCGUCUGCCAGGAAAGCUCAGACCCCUGCUGCACAGCCAGUGCCAAGACCAGUAUCACAAGCAAGACCACCCCCCAACCAGAAGAAAGGUUCACGUACACCUAUAAUUAUUAUACCAGCUGCUACCACUUCGCUAAUAACUAUGCUAAACUCUAAAGAUCUUCUGCAGGAUCUGAAGUUUGUUUCAUCAGAUGAAAAGAAGAAACAAGGCUGUCAGAGAGAAAAUGAAGUUUUAAUUCAGAGAAGAAAAGACCAAAUGCAACCUGGUGGCACGAGUAUAAGUGUUACUGUACCAUACAGGGUAAUAGAUCAGCCCCUAAAACUGCUGCCACAGGACUGGGACCGUGUGGUAGCAGUGUUUGUUCAAGGUCCUGCUUGGCAAUUUAAGGGCUGGCCAUGGGUGUUGCCUGAUGGGUCUCCUGUAGAUAUCUUUGCAAAAAUUAAAGCCUUUCAUCUCAAGUAUGAUGAAGUUCGACUGGACCCCAAUGUACAGAAAUGGGAUGUAACCGUUUUGGAGUUGAGUUACCACAAAAGACAUUUGGACAGACCUGUUUUCCUGAAAUUUUGGGAAACUUUGGACAGAUAUAUGGUGAAGCACAAAUCACACUUACGGUUCUAAAGAAUACGAAUGUUUGCUACAUUUGGAAAAUUGAUUAUGACUUCACUCUCGCUUCGAGGAUAGGAUUGUGUUCAGAAUUUUGAAAUGAAAACACCUUGAGCAAACUGAUCAUUUGGUUCUACGAAGAGACUGCCGUACUUUUCAAUUGCAACGAAAACUGUACUAUUUUUUAAAUGUUUGCAUAAUGUCUGCAAUUAAAAUUGUAUAUUUUGAUAGCGAGAGUUACUUUGUUUUAAGCAGCAUUUACUUUAGAUUUUGUUUACAGAACACAAAACUCUGUAUGGUAAGGGUGUAUUCUCUCAAGGUUUUUUUUUUUUUUUCCUCUCACCCCUUAUGCAUAAAUCUAUUUUCUAUAAAAAGUUCAUUUGUUCAGUUUAACAUCCGAAAAUGUCAAACUGGUUGCAUAUGGAUUUGUGUACAGCAGGAAGAAAGUAUUCAAGGACUGCAAGUGGGAAUAAUAUUUUGAACAUGGAGGUUUGAUUAUUAUUUUUUUCAUUCCUACAGAUGACUAAGGUCAAAGAUAAAUCAAUAAAAAAUAGAGAUUAAA